GAACCCCAGCCUGGGACAGUUCAUGGCGAUGCGAAAACACUUCAAAAGCAGGCAUGGUCAAGUCUUGAAUUACGCUGAUUGUGGGACACCUGCUGGCACGACCCUGAUCUGGAUACAUGGUCUGUCCAUGAGCUUGGACUAUUGGGAAGGCAUUUGGCAGAACUUCUCAGACUUCAGAAAUGUGCGCAUCGAUGUGCCGGGGCACGGUGGCAGUGAGCCACGAGUUGAAGGUCUAGAGCUGGAGCAGUUUGGUCAUGAUAUCAUUGACCUCGUGCAGCAUUUGCAGCUGCAGCGUGUCGUGCUGUUGGGCCACUCUCUGGGUGGCAUGAUUGCCUUGUCCGCCGCCCUGGAUCUGCCAGAGCUGCUGGGCUUGGUGCUGAUGAGCACCAGCAGCCGCGUGAGCUCGCGCGCGCGCGAGGGCUGGCGCCGUAGUGCCCAGGUUGCCCGGAAGCAGGGCCAGGAGGCCUGGGCGAAGAUUCAGGAGAUGGUGGCUGAGUCGCAGAUUGAGAAGGAGAUGCCCAAGCUGGGUACGUUGCCAGCGUUGAUCCUGCAGGGCGAUGCAGAUCAGCAGACCCCAGUGCGAGCGGGAGAAAUUUUGCGGGAUCAGCUACCGAAGGGCCAACUGCAGGUCUUCAGGGCUGGUCACAACUUGUUGCCUGAGAGCCCGGAGGCCCUCCGCUGCUGUGCGCAGUGGCUGUCCUCCCAAGGCUUUGCGCAGCCGUCAGCAUCCAAGCUUUGAACACCUCGUUGGAUGGUGGGUUUUCAAUGGUUUUCAAGGCAAGAUUGCCCGCGGCCGAUGAAGAUUGUGCUGUUCAAAAGUUUGCAGGGCCUGCAU